AUGGAUUCUAGGCAAGCAGCUGUGCUGCUGUUGGUGUUGUUGCUAAUAGACUGGGGCCACGGUGAAGGACCAGGGGGCCAGGGUGAAGAUCAGAUCUUCCUGGAAGAAGACAAUGGACCCCACCCACCACAGGAUGCCCAGACCCCUGGGUCACUCCUGCACUCCCUGCUCCAGGCCAUGCAGAGAACUGGCCGGAGCCCAGUCUUCCUGUUUCAGCCUCAGAGGUUUGGCAGAAAUACGCAGGGAGUCUGGAGCAAUGAACAGCUGAGUCCCCGGGCUGGAGAUGGGCUGAACUCCCAGUUCUGGAGCCUGGCUGCCCCUCAGCGCUUUGGAAAGAAGUGA